AGCCUUAUUUCGAACAGGUACCCCUGUUUGUUCCAGUCGACCGUUCUCUGGUUCGUUUUCCUCUUGGCCCCGUGGGCCGAUGCCAGUGUUCCCCCCAGGGUUUCCAGCGCUGAGUUUACCUCCAUCGGCGUUUCGUCCGUCACCCUCACGACAUCUGUCCGUCGUUCGCACGGAACUUGAUGCACCAUUUAAUAGGCGCAACUUCAAGAGGUGGAAAUCUGCAAGCAGAUGUUCUCACUUCCGUUUUCACCCCCGAAAACCUCGCCGCCUGGAACAGUCAAAAAUAACUUUGAAUCCAAAUGAUCCAUUAAAUCUUCAGGAUUUGGUAAAAGAGACGGAAAGACGCCGCGUCGAAGGUCUGUCACCAUUACGUGGCGAUUCUCGUUUAAAUACUCCCGCGUUAAGUGCCGCUGGCCACAUGAGUCCGGAAAGUCCCCAACCUGUCCUUUAUAUUCCUAACACUAGACCAAUUAACGAUCGGUCAGCACCCAAACACCUAGUCUCUGGUUCUGCCGCACGCUCCCGGUCUUAUCGGAGUUUCCAUCGCCGCUCUUCUCGGCACCAGCGUUCCAACUUCCUUCCCAUUACCGGAAACUACAGGGAUUACUAUUUCCGCCGAGACCCUAAUGAUCGCAUAUCUUAUAUGAUGCCUGAAUGGUUUACCGGCAAAGAUGUUGCAGACUAUGGCUGCCACAACGGGACGUUCACGUUUUGCAUUCUUGAGCGGUUUCCUGACAUCAGACGAAUUGACGCAAUUGACUGUGACGCCGAGUUGAUCGCAAACGCUAGAACUAUGCAGCGCGAAAGGCUACGUUGGGACACGAGUUCGGGAGUACGAUAUGACAAAAUUAAUUUUCAGGUUGCCAACUGGAUAGAUAGUUCAACACCCACUGAGGAACCGGUGUACGACACCAUCAUGGCUUUCAGUGUGACAAAGUGGAUCCAUCUAAACCAUGGUGAUGUUGGACUCGUGCGGUUUUUCCGGCGGGCAUUCAACCUUCUUAAACCAGGAGGUCAUUUGAUUCUGGAGCCCCAACCAAAAUCGUCAUAUCGAAGAACACGGUUCACAGCUCUUCAGAGGUCUAUUUUCAAGGAGCUGAAAAUAGAUCCGGUAAAACUAGAACCACUGUUGGUUGAUCUUGGGUUUUCUUACUUCGACACCAUCAAGAUACCACGACCCAGUGAACCCUUCCGCCGGAAGAUAAUUCUAUGCUCAAAAUCUUAUGGUGCAACUCCCGCAUCUAUUCGAAAUGUUUUCCGUUCGGAAGUCCAUUUAUGGAACCUUUCUCCGUCUCCACGGAGCCUGGUUUCUCGGGAACCUCCUCCCGUCUGUUACCACCCCCAGACUCCUUUCUACGCCUCAGGUACUCCGGCUACAUCAAGCGAUUCUCCCGCAUUAGCUCCUCAGCAGGCGUAUGCCGUCUCCAGUGCCGUUUCAGCCCCUUCAUCUUCUUUGACCAUAACGUCCUCAGCAAACACUGUGUCAGGUCCUACUGUAGAGUCUCCCUGCGAACCUGAUUCUACUUCCGGUACUUGAAUUCCUUUCUUGCCACAAUCUUGUAAAUUCUUUUGUAAAUACUUCGAAAAUCUUAAUUAUUACUCGGUUUUUUCUCUCAUUGCAUCAGUCCAAGUUAGGUUGAUAAAAGCAACGUGCUAACACCCUCUUCUUUCUAUCUUGAGCGUACAAAGAUUGUCCAUUGACGGA